GAAAAGGCACAUUUUUAUGCUAUGUAUGGUUUAUUCGGCUUUAAUCACGUUAGCUGAUUUUAGGGACAGUAAAAAUCAGGGGACAUUUAGCUGGCUGCAUUCAAUUCCACGAGAUGACCCUCGAGUUCAAGAGGUAAUCAUGAAUCCAAUGAGGGAGAAACUUAGACUUGUAGGACCGUUCUUAGCCGCUCACAAGUACUUCGCAGUAGAUCCACGAUCCAUAAAUGGACGUGUCGAAAGAAAAGGGGGCUUACAUAGAAGUUUUCCCAAUCCAAGAAUAGUACAGUGGGAUCCUAGUAUAACGAAGGCUUGCGAGGACGGUGAAGUAUCUUGCAUAAACGAAAUCUACAGGAAAGCCAGCAUAGCAAAUUCCGUAUGGAAGCUUCACGACACCGACAAAUACUCUAAACAUUCUGUUUUCUCGCCAUUCAAAACCGAAUUGGAGAUGUUUCGUUAUCGAGCCACAGCAGUUUACUAUAUGUGUUGGUUUACAGAACUGAAAAGUGCAUUGUUAGCGUACGUUGAAAACCAUGAAAAAGGGUGCCUGGAUUCUUUGUCAAAAACUGUUGAAUCAGGUGGUAAAAAAGUUGUAGAUUUUAGAUCCAAUUAUGGCGGAAAUCAGUCGGACCCUGUUUCAUUGUGGACCUGUGCUUAUUUAUGGUUUUGUCCAGACCCAUGUUACGGAAGAAGUUCAAAUGGAAAUGUGAAAGACGAAAUGUCCGCCAAAACUGACCCACUUAACCCUUGUAAAAAUCUAAAUGACAAAACCUGCACAUGGAUCACUGGGAAAAACAUUGACUUCGAAGAUCUCACUAGAAACAGAUUUAAUUAUUCCUGUGUCUGUGAUAAACAGGGAUACAUAUGGAGUCCUAGGUACAUGUUUUGCUUUGACCAGGACGAAUGCUUUGACCAAGUGGCACAAUGUCCUGACGAUAAAAUCUGCAGAAAUACAAUUGGUUCAUAUGAUUGUAGCUGCAGGAGGGGAUACUUUCAACACGAGAUGACUGGAAUUUGUGUUCGCAGUCCCAUUUUUAAGGGAUCACUUGACAAAGUUCGUCAGAGAGCAAAGAAGAAGGAGAAAAAUGUUCCAUUUUGGGUCAAAAUAAUGGAAAAAAUACUCGGGAAAUGACAUUUUAUUUGCCAUUAAAAAAAAACAUGCUGAUGGAAAUAGUUGUUUUUGCAAUUUAUAACAACUAGUAGAUGCAGCUUUAGUCUU